UGGUUUGUUUUUUUUUUUUUUUUUAAUUUUCUUAUCCCACUUCCCUCUCGGGACUGGAAGCAGGAUCCGCGUCCCUGGAAUUGCUAUGCCAGCUGAAUUCUCCCGGGCCGUGGGAAUGCACGCCAUCUCCGACCUGCACUCCUCCCUCCCCCUGCGGCUCCUCAACAAGGGGCCCGAGUACCUCCGCAGGCAGCUGGAGGCCGGCAAGCCGGGCAGGAAAAGUGCCGUGGAGAGACUGGCCGCCGAUAAGGCAAAGUACGUAAAGAGCCAGCAGGUCAUCGGCACCAGGCAGGAUCCCGUCAUCGCGCUCAGCUCAGCCUCGGAGAGCAGCAGCGAGACCUGUUCCGUGGAGAGCAGAGCAGCGAGCAGGGAGCCGGGCAGAGGUACGGGCAGAGGCACGGGCGCGAAGCCCCUGGAGCUGGGCACGGCGGUGAGCUCCUGCCAAGCCCCCCUGCAGCACGGGCCCCCCAUCGCCAGGCGCAGCACCAGGAGGCAGAUGCGGCCGGAUUCCCUGGUGAUCUACCGUCAGAAAUGUGAGCUCGGGAGAGGUCAAAGCCAGGACAGCUCCCGGGGGAACUUGGUGAGGAGGAUCUUCCAUGGGUCCAUAAAAGAGAAGCAGUUGGCUUCCCCUGCGUUGCCCAGGGUCAUGGAGGACGUCGCAGCCACCGAGGGCAAUGAGCCUCUCUCAGCAAAAGAUGGUGACCACGAGCCCAGCGAACAUGGAGCGGUGCAGACUAUCCCCGUGAGCACUGAAGGGGCAGGGGUAUGUACAAAAGAGCAUGAGAGACCCUCAAAACUGAGUACACCUCCUGAAGAGGUCAAGGAGGUGAAGAGGAGAGGUCUCCAUCGCUCCCAGUCAGACAUCAGCUCUCGCUACUCCAAGUCCUUCGCUGAGUUUGAAACAUUUUUCAAGUACUGUGGCCUGGAGCAGGAGGUCAUUGAGGAUCUUGGGAGAGAGAACUUCUCUGUGGUGUCUGACAACGUCUCCUUCAAGAUCCGCAGCAUCAGCGUGGCAACAUCGGAGAGCGAGUUCACGAGGCACAGCGGGGAUGAGGGGCUGCUGGAGGACGAGCUCACGGAGCAGGUCCCCAGCAGCACCUCUGUGAUCGAGCGCAACGCUCGGAUAAUCAAAUGGUUGUACACGUGUAAGAAAGCCAAGGAGACCAAUAAGGUGAUCCAGGAACUGGCGUGAUGGCUUCAUUCAGCGUGCGUUGGAGCCUGGUGAACUCAAGAGUUGUUGACUUGGAAGUAGAACAAAACCAGACGCAGGAAGAAACUCUUCCCUCAUUUGGCUUAUGUGUACUUUGUCCAAGUUUAGUAUUUUGUUGUUGUUUCCUACCUUCGCCCCCAUCCUCUGGAAGCCUUACUCUUCUCAAGCCCAAGGGUGUCCAAGACUGCAAUGGAAAGUGGAGUUUGUGAACUGUGCCCUAGCAAGACAGCAGGAAACAAAAUCCCCUGGAAAACUGAAGCAUGGCUGCAGCUGCCAUCCACAAUAAUAUUCAACAUCAUCUCACUGCCUCAGGAUGUCAUUCCAGGCUGUGACAGAAGGUUGUCCUGCCAUUGCCUCCUGUGACGUUUCUUACAUCUGCUUUUGAAUCCUUUGAAGUGGAAUACUAGUCGGAUCUGAUACGGAUAUUUCACCAUUGUUAUGCUUAUAUUCCUGUGAAAAAAACUGCCUGCUGUUGAAUGCAUACAAAUAAAACUACCACUCUGAGA